UCCUUGUGAUUGGUCAUUCUCAUUUUGUUUUAACUUUGUUUAAGAAUAAUCAAAUCUUAUUGGUCAAUGGCCAUAUAUAUUAUACUAGGACAGUGUAUAAGUAUUGAUGAAAAUUCUCAUCAGCCCAUAGGCCAACACUAGCUUACAACUGUUCAGUAACAACAACUACUACCGUGUUUCUAACACAUAAAAGAUACUGUUAUAUUUAUAUUCAACCCUGUAAUUCAUUGAUUUCAAUCAAUUUGAAAACGAAAAAGACAACAUGAAGCCAACGCUUACUUGCAACGUAUGUAACAAAGUUUUCCAAACUCGCUUCAACUACAAUAGACACCUUUCCCGUCACACAGAUGUCAACCAGCACCAAUGUGAUAAGUGCGGUAAAGUAUUUGCAAGGCAUGACAAUUUUGUUUGACACCUUAACAACAAGCAUGGUAGUGAAAAUAAUGCGCAAAGUGGGUAUGGUACAGAUCAAGUAGAUGAACCUACAACCAAGCUACAGAAGUUAUCUAACAAUGGGCAUGAUUUUUAUCAAGUCACAGAUAUGACGGAAGUUGAUAUGAAAAAAUUCAAGACGAAAGCAAUCCAGUACACCGUUAAAUUCAACGACGAUUUAGAUAUUCAUGAUUCAACUACCGUCCUAAGUACGCUGCAUAAAGUUUUUCAGAGUCUCAUCAACACCUUGACGGAUGGAGCUCACCCCGAUGAUCUGAUUCGUAUGGUGGUAGAGUGUCCAGAAUUAGAUUAUCCGAUACAACUUACAUUGAUGAAAAAACGACACUUGACGGCAGAACUGUUUCUUGCGAGAGUAGAGCGAGUACUACAGUCGUACGAAGAAUUCAGCAUCGAUGGGUCACUCGAAAUACAGGUUACGCACGUACAAAUGCCCAGAGGAGGAAAAAUUCCCAAAAAAAGAUACGUGGACUUGGAACGCUUCUUAAGAGAAAAACAAUGUAUUAUUAGAAUUCAAAAUAAAGAUGAAAUAUGUUGCGCUAGAGCUAUUAUUACAGCAAAAGCUAAAAUUGAAAAACCAAAGAACUGGGAUGCUAUUCGUAAGAGAUGUAAUGUACAGCAGCAACUUGCUAUGGAAUUACACCACGUAGCGGGAGUACCUCUUGCUAAAUGUGGAAUCAAUGAGAUCAAACAAUUUCAACAAGUGCUGCCAACAUUUCAAAUAAUUGUUGCUUCAUUAGAUUACGGUAAUGCAAUUAUAUACCGAGGGCCGCCUGCAAAACAGCAAAUCUACUUGUAUCAUCACAAUAACCAUUACGACGUUAUCACUAGUAUGCCCGCUUUCCUCAAUAGAAGCUACUUUUGUAUCGAAUGCAUGAAAGGAUACAACAAUAAGUUAGAACAUCGGUGUCAAAACACGUUUAAACUCUGCUUUCAAGGUAACUGUAUUAAAGAAAUCUGGAAAUAUUGUGAUGACUGUAAUAGGUCAUUUAAAAGUGAAAACUGUUACAAAAACCACUUAAGACAACUUUCGACAUCUUAUGGGUCGGUAUGCAAAUUAUAUUAUAGGUGUAGAGACUGCGAUCAAUUCGUUAGCAGAAAAGGCACAGAGGAAAGCCACAUCAAUGUGGCGAAAAAUACUGCGUAAUCUGCAAAACUUUUGUACAACAAGAUCACCUUUGUUAUAUGCAGCCAGUAAAUAAUGAAACGAUGAAGGAUACAAGUGACGAAAUUGAUGAUGAGAUAAAUGUAGUUAGCCCAAGCUAUAUUUUCUUUGACUUUGAAUGCAUUCAAGAAACUGGCAUCCAUGAGCCGAAUCUUUGUAUCGCUCAAAAAGUAUGCAACGCAUGUAUUAACAUCGAUGAGGGUGAAUCUUGUUUAAAGUGCGGUGAACGCGAAAAACAAUUUUAUGGCCUCAGCACUCGUGAAGAUUUUUGCAAAUGGCUUUUUAAUGAAGAAAACGCCGGUGCAAUUAUCAUUUGUCAUAAUUUCAAAGGUUACGAUUCAUACUUUGUUCUCCGAUACCUUUACGACAAUGCCAUUCUACCAGAAGUAAUCUACAAUGGAGCUAAAGUUAUGAGUAUUAAUGUAGCA